AAGGUCCAGCUCACCGCCCGCUAAGUGCAGUGAUACAAAUACCGUUCCUCUGCUUACUACUUGAUUAGCUCCUUCUAGACUCCUAGUCCUAGUAACCUGACAGAGGAGAAGUCGAAGAAGCAGUGCACAAUGGUUGCUCAUUCAUGGAGCCUGCAAGUAUCAGGUCGGUUGCUUCCACCAUCGCGCCGAGGCAAUCCCGAUUUCCACCUCAAAUCUCUGUGCUUCCAGACGAGCCUGAUCGAUGUCAUCAACCUUCUUCUCCUCGCCGUCUACAUCCUGAGCUUGGUGGUCGCUGCUUGCACGAGGCGAUUCAGAGUCGGCACGAGGGGCCUGCCAUUGCUGUGCGCUCUCGCUUGUCCUUGCUGCGCCCUUCUUGGCAUUGCGUGCCUCUGCUCCGGCGCAUGGGGCUCCUCGUCGUCGUCUACCAGAGCGGAGCUCCUCGUCAGAGGGUUGGUCUGGGUGGUCGUCUCAGUUUCUUUGGUCGUUCGGCCAACCAGGUUCUCUCGAGCGCUGGCCUUAAUGUGGUGGGCGGCGCUCGCGGCUCUGACCACCGCGUACAGCUUGGAGAAGAUCGUGAGGGGGAGCCCGAUGGAGGUUCUUUAUGUCGCGUCAUGGGCUGUGAGCUUGAUGCUUGUCUUGUGCGCGGUCAGCGUGUGUAGAGGUGUCACUGGCGGCGGAGAUGGCGGCGAGGAGACCCGGCCGUUGCUGACGGCGGGAGGCGGGGAGCAUAUGACGCCGGCGUUCGUGAAGGCUGGGUUCAUGAGCCGCCUGACGUUCACGUGGAUGGACUCGUUGCUGCGCCUGGGGUACUCCAAACCGUUGGAUUUCAGUGACAUCCCGCCGCUGGACACCGACGACGCAGCGGAGGAGGCGUGCCGGACAUUCCUGGAGGAAUGGCAUCGGCGGAGGUUGACGGAUGCCGCGAGGACGAACAACCUGGUGUUCUUGGUGCUCGCCGAGUGCUACAAGAAGGAUCUCCUCCGGACGGCGCUGUACACGCUGCUCCGGACGCUGUCCUUCGCCGCAUCGCCGGUGAUCCUGUACUGCUUCGUGUCCUACUCAUACAAGAAGGAACGGGGGCUUGCCGCCGGGAUCUCGCUCAUCAUGAGCCUGGUGGUGAUGAAGGUCGUGGAGUCGCUGUCGCAGAGGCACUGGUUCUUCGGGUCCAGGCGGCUCGGCAUGCGCAUGCGCUCGGCACUCAUGGCGGCCGUCUUUGAGAAGCAGCUGAAGCUGUCCAGCGAGGGACGGAGGCAGCAUUCGGCCGGCGAGAUCGCGAACUACAUCGCCCUCGACGCGUACCGGCUCGGCGAGUUCCCGUUCUGGUUGCACCUGGCGUGGAGCAUGCCGGUGCAGCUCGUCCUCGCCAUCGCGCUGCUCUUCUGGACCGUCGGCGCGGGCGCACUCCCUGGCCUGGUCCCCGUGGCUGUCUGCGGCUUGAUCAACGUUCCCUUCGCCAGGAUGCUGCAGCGCUACCAGUCGAUGUUCAUGCAGGCGCAGGACCAGCGGCAGCGCGCCAUGGCGGAGGUGCUCAACGCCAUGAAGGUAGUCAAGCUGCAGUCGUGGGAGGACAGGUUCAGGGAGACGGUGCAGAGACUACGCGACGUCGAGGUGAGGUGGCUCGCCGAGACGCAGGUCAAGAAGGCCUACGGCAGCGCGCUGUACUGGAUGUCUCCGACAGUCAUCUCCGGUGUGAUCUUCGCGGGGACUGCCGCGUUCCGGAGCGCGCCCCUGGACGCAGGCGUGGUGUUCACCGUCCUUGCUACACUGCGAGUCAUCUCGGAGCCGAUGAGGAUGCUGCCGGAGGUGCUGUCCGUCCUAAUCCAAGUCAAGGUCUCGCUGGACCGCGUCGGCGAGUUUCUAAUGGAGGAUGAGUUCCAAGACGACGCCGUGGACAGGGCUGGCAUGCCAGCGUCCAACAUGAGCCUAACCGUGCAAAAUGGUGUCUUCAGCUGGCAGCUUAACAAGGCCGUUGCAACUCUGAAAGACAUCAGCGUCACCGCAAUGCGGGGCGAGAAGAUCGCCAUCUGCGGGCCUGUGGGCGCAGGGAAAUCGUCGUUGCUGUGCGCAAUGCUUGGCGAGAUACCGAGAAUCUCUGGAUCAGUAGCUGUGUCUGGCUCAGUUGCCUAUGUUUCGCAGACGUCGUGGAUCCAGAGUGGCACGGUGCGCCACAACGUACUCUUCGGGAAGCCGAUGAACAAUGAGGAGUAUGAUAAGGCCAUGAGGUGUUGCGCAUUGGACAAGGACAUCGAGAACUUUCCGCACGGAGACCUGACAGAGAUCGGCCAGCGAGGCCUGAACAUGAGUGGAGGGCAGAAGCAAAGGAUUCAGCUCGCGAGAGCGGUCUACAAUGACGCGGACAUUUACCUUCUCGAUGACCCUUUCAGCGCCGUCGAUGCACAUACAGCUGCUACCCUUUUCAACGAUUGUGUCAUGGCAGCCCUUGAGAACAAGACGGUUAUUCUUGUGACACACCAAGUAGAGUUCCUUUCCAAGGUUGACAAGAUUCUGGUCAUGGAAAAUGGCCAGGUAGCUCAGGAAGGAACCUAUCAGGAGCUUCUGCGGUCUGGCACAGCAUUUGAACAGCUUGUCAAUGCUCAUAGGGACUCAAAAACAACACUGGACUCCCAGGAUCACAGCAAAGGAGCGAAAGAACAAGGCGCUUUUCAUUACCAAAUACCAAUGGUACAGCAGAAUAGCGAAGCGGAGAUCGCUGUCAGUAACAUGCCCUCGGUCCAGCUGACGGAAGAGGAGAAGAGAGAGCUAGGAGAAGUUGGAAUGAAACCGUACAAGGAUUAUGUUUCAGUAUCCAAGGGCUGGCUUCUUCUAGUCCUGAUAAUACUUGCGCAGUGCAUGUUCGUAUUCCUGCAAUCUCUGGCAACUUACUGGCUUGCAAUUGCAGUUCAAAGUCACCAGUUUAGUGUUGCAGUUGUGGUCGGAGUUUAUGCAGUGAUGGCAACUGUAAGCUGCCUGUUUGCCUAUGUUAGGAGCCUUCUUGCUGCUUACUUUGGCCUGAAAGCAUCAAGGGAGUUCUUUUCCGGGUUCAUGGAUUCAGUGUUCAAGGCCCCCAUGCUGUUCUUCGAUUCCACUCCGACUGGAAGAAUCAUGACCCGAGCUUCAUCAGAUUUGAGCAUAUUAGACUUCGACGUCCCGUAUACGAUGACAUUUGUGAUCUCAGGCACAAUUGAAGUGACAGCAACCAUAGUUAUCAUGAUCAUGGUUACAUGGCAAGUAGUGCUGGUGGCUGUUCCUGUUGUGAUGGUGCUGCUGUACAUUCAGCGAUACUACAUUACGUCAGCGAGGGAGCUGGUAAGGAUCAACGGAACUACAAAGGCGCCCGUCAUGAACUACGCUGCAGAGUCGAUGCUGGGAGUGAUCACCAUAAGGGCCUUCGCGGCGACAAAGAGGUUUAUUCGGACAAAUCUUCAGCUCAUCGACACAGAUGCGACACUGUUCUUCUACACCAAUGCAGCACUGGAGUGGGUACUCCUGCGUGUCGAGGCGCUGCAAAUCUUGGUCAUCAUCACAUCAUCCAUCCUUCUUGUUUCGCUACCGGAGGGCGCUGUUGCUCCAGGAUUCCUUGGCCUAUGCCUCUCCUAUGCAUUGACGCUUUCUUCUGCUCAAGUGUUCUUAACACGAUUCUACUCAAAUCUUGAAAAUUACAUAAUAUCGGUGGAGAGGAUCAAGCAGUUCAUGCAUCUGCCUGCAGAGCCUCCAGCUGUCAUCUGUGACAGAAGGCCUGCUCCUUCUUGGCCAUCUAAAGGAAGGAUAGAUUUGGACAAUUUAAGAGUCAAGUACCGGCCAAAUGCGCCUACGGUUCUGCGGGGUAUCACCUGCACAUUUGCAGCAGGGAACAAGAUUGGAGUUGUCGGCAGAACAGGAAGCGGGAAGACGACUCUUCUGAGUGCAUUGUUCCGCCUUAUCGACCCAUCCAGCGGGCGAAUUCUUAUCGAUGAUCUUGACAUUUGCACUAUAGGACUGAAGGACCUGAGGAUGAAACUCAGCAUCAUUCCUCAGGAGCCAACCCUUUUCAGAGGCAGUGUAAGGAGUAACGUCGAUCCUCUAGGUCUGCACACCGACGAGGAUAUCUGGGAGACUUUGGAUAAGUGCCAGCUGAAGAAAACAAUCAGUGACCUUCCUAGACUACUUGAAUCACCAGUGAGCGAUGAUGGCGAGAACUGGAGCGUCGGUCAACGGCAGCUCUUCUGCCUCGCGCGUGUUCUCCUCCGUAGGAACAAGAUCCUGGUUCUUGACGAGGCAACAGCAUCCAUCGAUUCGGCCACCGACGCCAUCCUGCAGAGAGUCAUCAAGCAGGAGUUUUCAGGGUGCACAGUGAUCACCAUAGCACACAGGGUUCCUACUGUCACAGACAGUGAUAUGGUCAUGGUUCUUUCCUACGGCAAAAUAAUAGAGUAUGACAGGCCAUCAAGGUUGAUGGAAAAUGAGGACUCUGCCUUCUGUAAGCUCGUCGUCGAAUACUGGUCCAACUACAGGUGAAGCUGCAAACAAACCUGACAACUUGUCGGGCAAAAGCAUCGCCAACAAGAUUGUUGACAGUACAAGCACUAUAUGUGUCAUGUGCAACUCUAGGUUAGGUCUUUGGGCCGGCAUGGUAUUGUAGCAGCACUUACUGUAGCUAUGCCUAUUAGAUAGUUUCCCUGGUCCUUGAGUUAGAUUAGUUGUUAGGGAUCAUAUCAGAUUGGUUAGAUAUAAGAUUUGUUAGUUAAGACCGGUUUCUAUAUAAAGGAGAUCACAACAUCUAUUUUCAAAUAGAAGAGAAGAAUUAAUCUAAGUCUCUUCAAUCUAUAGUCUAAUUCCUUCCAUA